AUGUCUUGCGCUCUUCUUCACUUCCCGGUUCACCUACCAAUACUGUGCUCUGAGAAUGUUGUUAUAGAUGCCUGCAUUUUGGAAUCCGACUCUGGACUAUUGCAACAGGCCUGUGAUAUCACAGGAGGCAUGUACCUGAAGAUCCCUCAGCCUGCUGGCCUACUGCAGUACCUACUGUGGGUGAACCUGCCUGACCCCGUGUCCCGAGAGAAGCUGAAUCUUUCCCCCAGGGUACAGGUGAACUACAGGGCAGCUUGUUUCUGUCAUAGGAACAUCAUAGACAUCGGAUAUGUGUGCUCGGUGUGCCUCUCAAGUAUGUGCAGCUCUGCUUUGACAGCUCGUACAUUUUUACUGGACUAG